CAAAACGUGUGUGAAAUCUCAGGGAGAGGGAAGUGUUAAUGAAGCUGCAGUUCUCUUCUCCUCCCCUGGGGCUCGGAGAGGUGGCUCCCUACAGCCAUUCCGUUCACCUGCUUGAGUUCCUGUUGAAAAUUGUUUCCUGCGCGGCUCGCCCCCGCCCCCCAUUCUUCCCUGGGAAAGUAUAGAUUUUCACGAACACAGGGAGUUCUGUUUUCUCUGUUAAAAACAACUCUCCUUUACUGGGGCAGGCUUUGUGUUUCACCCAAGGAAACAGAGCAUUGCACUGGGAGGUAACUCCGCUGGGUGAGGUGCAGCCUGUCACCUGACCGGUCUCUGGGGCUGCCGGUGGCAUCAGGCUGCAUUCCUUGAAUUCUUCCACCCGGCACCGGCUCCGCAAUGAACAACUUCAGGUUCACUGAGCUGAGCGGAUUCCACUCGCUGUGCCCUCGGAGCCUGCCUGAAUCUCCCGCCCAGCCUCAAACCAUGCAGCUAAGUAACUGCAAGGGCGCCUUUGAGGAGUAGCACGCAGAGAGUGUCAAUGAAGACCUCAAAGUCUGGAGAAAAAUGAUCUUUCAUGGAAUAAGAAGUAUACCUCCUGCUACAUGUUUUUGUCUUACUGACCUCUGAUACCUGAAACACAUGGCUCUGGGUCUGUAGAAAGUCAACUGAUCAAACUCCUCCUCACCAUGCAUCAACUGUUCAGACUGGUUUUGGGACAAAAAGAUCUUUCACGAGCUGGGGACCUCUUCUCCUUAGAUGACUCUGAGAUUGAAGACAGCCUGACAGAAGCUUUGGAGCAAAUUAAGAUAAUUAGCUCAUCCUCAGAUUACCAAACCAAUAACAAUGACCAGGCAGUAGUUGAAAUCUGUAUCACAAGAAUCACAACAGCCAUCAGAGAGACUGAAUCUAUUGAAAAGCAUGCAAAGGCCCUUGUGGGGCUCUGGGACUCCUGCUUGGAACAUAACCUGAGACCCUUCGGGAAAGAUGAAGACACUCCUCAUGCAAAAAUUGCAUCUGAUAUCAUGAGUUGCAUUUUACAGAAUUACAACCGACCCCCAGUGAUGGCAUUAGCCAUCCCCAUUGCAGUGAAAUUCCUCCACAGAGGCAACAAGGAUCUAUGCAGGAAUAUGUCCAACUACCUGUCUCUGGCUGCAAUUACCAAGGCAGAUCUCCUGGCUGAUCACACGGAAGUUAUAGUAAAGAGCAUACUCCAAGGUAACACCAUGUUGUUGAGAGUGUUACCUGCUGUGUAUGAAAAGCAGCCUCAGCCAAUUAAUAGACACCUGACAGAACUCCUGGCCUUGAUGUCUCAGCUGGAACAGCCAGAACAGUACCAUCUACUACGGCUUUUGCAUGUAGCAGCAAAGAAAAAACAACUCGAGGUAGUUCAGAAGUGUAUUCCUUUCCUAAUUGGGCAUUUGAAGGAUUCAACCCAUAAUGACAUCAUCCUAAGCAUCCUAAUAGAGAUAGCAGGCUAUGAGCCAGUGGCUUUGAAUGGUUUUCUUCCAAUGCUGAAAGAGAUUGGUGAGAGAUUCCCCUACCUCAUUGGACAGAUGGCAAGGAUUUAUGGAACUGUUGGGCAUGUGGAUGAAGAGAGAGCCAGGAGCUGCCUGACAUACCUGGUGAGCCAACUGGCCAACAUGGAGCAUUCGUUUCACCAUAUUCUCCUGCUGGAGAUUAAAGGCAUCACCGACACCUUCUCCUCAAUCUUGGGCCCUCAGAGCAGAGACAUCUUUCGCAUGAGCAACAGCUUCACCGCCAUUGCUAAACUCCUUACCCGACAACUGGAAAAUGCGAAGGCUGGAAGUGGCAGGAGAAAAAUCAGCACUGAAAUUGAAUUCCCUGAGAAACUGGAAGAAACCAAGCUCAUAGUAGCUGAAAAUGAAGACCAUGAAAAACUCCAAGUUAAAAUCCAGGCUUUUGAAGACAAGAUAAAUGCAGACAGCAAUACCCCUGGCUCUAUCAGAAGAUAUAGUCUGGGCCAAGUUUCUAAAGAAGAAAGAAAAAACAUUAGAUUUAACAGGUCAAAAAGUUUGGCUUUGCACACUGUGCUCACAAAGGGUGUGGGUUCAGACGAUGGUGAAGAUGAAAACAGGGGAGAUAUACCAGCCAGCAUCUCUCUUUCAGAAAUAGACCCACUUAGCCAAGGAGAUGACAAGCUGCCCUUUAAGGCAGACACUGACAGAUCACAGCUGGGAGAGUCUUCAGUUUCAUACCCAAAUAUUAUACAUAAAGACUCAGAGAAUUUGCCAGAAACUGUUAAAGAAAACUUCCAGGAAGAAACUCCAGAGACAACUGCAAGUCCUAUAGAAUACCAAGAUAAGCUCUACUUGCACUUAAAAAAAAACCUCAGCAAAGUGAAAGCAUAUGCCAUGGAAAUUGGAAAGAAGAUUCCAGUCCCUGAUCAGUGUACCAUUGAAGACACCGUGAGAAGUUGUGUAGCAAAGUUGUUCUUCACCUGCUCCCUGAAGGGUCAUUACUGCCUAUACAGUAAGUCCAGUUUUAUUCUCAUCAGUCAAGAACCUCAGCCAUGGAUCCAGAUCAUGUUUCUAUUUCAGCAGAGCCUGUUUCCUGAACCCCUGUCCAUUCAGAGUCAUUCUGUGCAAUUUCUCAGAGCACUGUGGGAGAAGACCAAGGCAGGGGAUGCUCACAGCUUUGAAACAGCCAUGAUGGAGUCCACGUUUCCACAGCAAAAGGAUCUGGACCAGGUACAGCUCCAUCUGGAAGAAGUGAGGUUCUUUGACGUGUUUGGCUUCAGUGAAACAGCAGGAGCAUGGCAAUGCUUCAUGUGCAACAACCCUGAAAAAGCAACUGUUGUAAAUCAAGAUGGCCAGCCUCUCAUCGAAGGAAAACUUAAAGAGAAGCAAGUCAGAUGGAAGUUCAUCAAAAGGUGGAAAACACGCUAUUUUACACUGGCUGGAAAUCAACUUCUGUUUCAAAAAGGAAAGUCUAAAGAUGACCCUGACGACUGCCCAAUAGAACUCAGCAAAGUGCAGAGUGUGAAAGCUGUGGCCAAGAAACGCAGGGACCGCUCUCUCCCCCGGGCUUUCGAAAUCUUCACAGACAAUAAAACCUAUGUCUUUAAGGCCAAGGAUGAGAAGAAUGCAGAAGAAUGGCUCCAGUGCAUCAAUGUGGCAGUUGCCCAAGCCAAAGAGAGGGAAAGUAGAGAAGUAACCACAUAUCUGUAGGGAUUUACAAGUCAGCCACGACAACUACACACCACAGGCAUUGUAUUAUCAAUGCCAAUGUCAAGAAAAAGAGCUAAAUUUACCAAGCCAUGUUGUUUUUUACUAAAUACCAAUGGAAUUCUUGUCCUUUAAGAAGAAGGGCCUAAAAUGGCAGGAUUCUUAGUAAAUGUCAUACUCUAACAGCUUUAGUAUUGACUUCAGAAUAUAUCUGAUGCCUACAAAAAUAAAAUAAAAUAAAAUAAAAGGAGCUAGAGAGUAUGCCCUCAGACAGUGUGGGGCCAGGAAGGGAAAAGUCACUGAUAAAAGAACCUCUGUAGAUAUGUCAUUUAAAACUAUGAGAAAACAGCAUGAAAAGAUGCCUGAACUAUCCGUCUUGAGGAAAGAUUAGCACUUCUGAUGAAAAUCACAGUCUGUCAAAGGUAUUAAAAGAAAAAUUUUUUUAAAAACCCGUUAGAAACAUUGAACUAAUGUACACUGAGAAAAACCAUAUAACUUACUUAUAGACAUAUAAUUACAUGAUCCUCUCUUACUACAAAUGAGGCUAACACAUGGUAAAAUGGUUCUCAAGUCAGUUAUGUCAUUAAAUACUUCUCUUUCAGAAUUAUUUAAUUAUUCUCUUUAAGUUCAUUUUAUAUAAUCUACAGUUUAGAUGCUUGGACAUAUAUCCUGCCCAAGGCACUAAGUGUAAUAUAGAAAAAGGAUAGAAGCCAUUUUCUCUAUCUUCAAAAUAAUGUGCCAUCUCCAUUAAAAUUAAGACUUUAAAGUUCUAUAAUUUUUUCUUUGUAUUCAACCUUUUAAUACCUCCAAAUUACAAAUAUCUAUUUUUUCACUACAUAGAUAUAUAAUUACACUAUGAUAGAAAGAAUGCCAGAGUGAUUCUCAAUGAUCCAUGCCUUGGUAUAAUCCUCUCCCCCACUGAGUGUUGGUGGGACAUGUAACCUGCUUCUAACCAACAGAACAUGGCAAAAGUGAUGGGGUCAUCUCUCCCAUAAUUAUGUUACAUUAUAUAGCAAAAGUGAAGAGAGGUUGCAGAUAUGCAUAAGGUUUCUAAUCAGUUGACUUUGAGUUAAUCAAAGAGACCCCCCUGGGUGGGCCUGACUUAAUCAGACUAGUCCUUUAAAAGAGGGUAAACAAGUCAGAGACUCUCUCUCCUAUUAGCCUUAAAUAAGCCAGCUGCCAUGAGCUCUACGGCUGGAAGGAAAUGAGUUUUGUCAACAACCAUGUGAUCUUGGAAGAAGCAUCUGAACCUCAGAUAAAAGCCCAGCCCCAGCCAACACCUUGGUUGCAGCUUUGUGAAACUCCGAGCAGAGGACCCAGCUAAAUCACGCUUGGACUCCUGACCCACAGAAACUUUCAGAUAAUAAAUGUAUGCUGUUUUAAAUCUAAA